CAAUGCUCAUAAGUCGGCUGUGGGUAUCCAGUAAACUUUUCUGCACUCAAAACUUUUUUGAAAGCUGUGACGAUCCUGUUUUUGACACUUAAACAAAACAAAAAAAACUAUGAAUGGUAAAGAACCAAGAGGCAGCACAAGCAAAAGGAGGCGGUUUAGCCUUUGUAGUCAGUGAGGAAUGCGGAAAUGUUCCUGCCCUGUGUCAAACCUCUCUGAAGGGGGUCAAGGCACAUUGAGCCAGCGUGGGAAAGCGUAGAGAAGACGGAGCUCACAGACAAGCAUUGCAUAUUCUGGGAUUGAUGGGAAAACCAUAAUGGGGGGAGCAGAGACACAGUAACGCGAAGAAUAUAUUCAGCUUCAUACAGUGAUCCCUAGGAAAAAAGCAACAAAAAAAACGCACUGCAUAAGCUGCGCACACUGAUUUGGGCGAGGAAAACGCACCCCCCUCCCUCUCUCUCUUGGUAGUUGAUCUAUUUGAGUUGCAGUGGUGGUACCGCUGGAGGAUGGGGGCUCGUGCGUGCACCAUGUCUCUACCUGUGUGGCCCUGAAGACGGACAGUGAGAGAUCUGUGCCGUGUUUGCAAACAUCGGCUUGCGAAGACACCGGUUCCUCAUCGCCUGUUUCAGAAGAACAAGUCACAGCAGAAUUUUAAGUAAAUAAAAAAGACUGUAGCCUACACGUGCCAGAGCCGUUUUCCCAAUGAUGCCCCUGUAAAGAAUCUUCGUCGGGAUUCCCCGCAGCAGGCUGCAUUGAACUGAGGAGCAAUACGUUUUUAAGAUGGACAAAGAAAUAGUCGGUCAGUCCUAUGAGCCUGUUGCCGAGAUAGGUGAAGGUGCUUAUGGAAAGGUGUACAAGGCUCGGGAUUUGAAUAAUGGGGGUCGCUUUGUCGCCUUAAAACGAGUGCGGGUACAAACAGAGGAGGAAGGGAUGCCUCUCUCCACCAUUCGCGAGGUGGCAGUGCUGAGGCAACUGGAAUCCUUUGAGCACCCCAACGUUGUCAGGCUCUUUGACGUUUGCACUGUAUCCCGAACCGACCGAGAGACCAAACUGACUCUGGUGUUUGAGCAUGUGGACCAAGACCUGACCACAUACCUUGAGAAGGCGCCAGACCCAGGGGUACCCCCCGAGACGAUUAAGGAUAUGAUGUACCAGCUGCUUCAGGGUCUGGACUUUCUUCACUCUCACCGUGUUGUGCACAGAGAUCUGAAGCCACAGAACAUUCUGGUAACCAGCGGUGGUCAGAUCAAGCUGGCUGACUUCGGCCUGGCGCGAAUAUACAGCUUUCAGAUGGCACUUACCUCAGUGGUGGUCACCUUGUGGUACCGAGCCCCUGAGGUGCUGUUACAGUCCAGCUAUGCCACACCAGUAGACUUGUGGAGUGUGGGCUGCAUCUUCGCAGAGAUGUUCAGAAGGAGACCUCUUUUUCAAGGGAAAUCAGAUGUUGACCAGUUAGGCAAAAUAUUUGAUGUGGUAGGGGUCCCGUCUCUGGAAGACUGGCCGCAGAACGUGGGUUUGCCUCAAACUGCUUUUGCCCCUCGCCCUCCCAAACCAAUAGAAGACCUGGUUCCUGAUAUGGAUGAGCUGGGGAGGUCUCUCUUACUUCAAUUCCUUUCGUUCAAUCCCUCCAGAAGGAUAUCGGCCUACGCUGCUCUGUCCCACCCCUAUUUCCUGGACCUAGACAGUCCCAGUAAGAAUCUGUACAACCAGCCGUUCACCAGCAACAAACGCUCCCUGGAGGAGAGGACUACCGAUGCCUUUAGUCGCUGUGGAGUAAGCGACCGGGGCUCCGACUCCAAAACCCCCCAGAACUAGUCUGUCACAGCCAUGUUGUGGAUGCUGCUUUGUUUCGUUUUUUAUUUUUAUUUUUUGUAGAAAGAAUGACUUUGAUUCUGAUUAUUUUUUGAAAAGACAAAAAAAAAAAUGCAAACAACACAAAAGAGAGAUAUGAACAAUUGGCUGGUCUGGUUUGUUCUGCUCGUUUUAAGUUUGAUUUUUUUCUUAUUUUUUUCUUGAAGACCAGGCAGCGCCCCCAGAGCAAAAUUCAGAGCACUGGAGUAGACAAGAGAAAGACUCCACAAGCUCUCUGCUUCGUGCUCACUCCCAAGGGGGGUGGUGAGAAGGGGGAAAUCCCUGGUCGCUGCUUGGAGGGUGGGGUGGGAUGGGGUGGGGUGGCGUGUGUGUGUGUGUGUGUGUGUAUGGGGGGGUGUGGGGUAUUGUAGUUCCGAGUGUUUCGGAACCACGUCUGAUUCCAAUGGAGAAUAGUAGACUGAGUGAGAUCUCGCUGCUCAAGGUCGUCUCGUCUGCAUGUCACUGCCAAUGUCUCACUUCGGGAAGCGUGUGGGGGAUUCACUAGAUGAACUGCCCACGUCCAAGAAGAAUUCACUGCCAAACUGUUUCACUAUGGUCCCACUGCCAAUGUCUCGCCCUAACAACAAGGGUUCACCGUCAUGUCUGUCACUGCCAAUGUCUCACCUGGUUUAGGUUUUGUUUCCGAACGACCACCACUUUUUCUGCAGCUUCACAUACCCGGUCCUGUCUGGUCUCACUCCGUACAGUUGGCGCCAGCUCUGACUGGCAUCGCUGCCACCAACUGCCGAGUUCUUGCCAAGGCUGCAGCAGAAGCAUGUUUGUGUUCCGUGUCUUCCUUAGGUUUUGCUUCCUCUAGAGUUACCAGACCUCAUCCUUCCCCCAACACCACAGAAAACCGUUGAACAGAUUCUCACUUGGCAUUCACACAUCUCCACACACACACACACACACACACACACACACAAACACACAUAUAUACACACACACUGACACAGUCCACUUCAUCUGAAUACAAACGGUUAAAUGUUGUUGAUCUGUCAUCUUGUGGUUUCGAGGGAGCAGUGCAGGCAGAAGGAAGCAUGGGCCGCUGCUGGACUCCUUUCAUGGGGUUAUUUUUAUCUACAGUUGAUUCUUGUUUGAUCAAUGGUUAUACUUCCUCUUUUAGGUUCUGCAUUUCACUGCUGCAUUAUGGGAAAGUGAACUAAACAAAAAAGUAUGUCAAUGACUUUCAGAGUGUGAAGGAAGAAAGUGGUAGUCAAGCGAGCUCACUACACGAGCACUAGUGAACUAACUCUCAUCCUCUAUGUUUAUAUCCAAACAAGAGGAAAUGAAAUUGUAGUCAUCAUUGUAAUGUUAUUGCUGGUGUUUCUGGCCUCUCUGCCAUUACUUUAUGAACUUGAAGCUUUAGGGACUGAAACUAAAUGAGUUUGCAGUCGGCACUCUUGUUAGCAAGGAAGAGGGGUAGAAGGUUUGGGGCGAAGUAGAGAGCCCACUCAGUGUAAAUGCAGGUAGGGUUUAGAAUGAGCUUAGUUUAUAGUAGAACCAGACCGGACGGUAGAAGUAGAUAGCAAGUUUAAUCACAACGUAUUUGAUAUGCGGGUAAGUGAAACUGGUUCAAAGUGAAUACUAACUAGUUGGUGAGAGGGAAGUAGAAGGGAAGGACACGAGUGAGAAGCAAGCUGGUCCAAGAUUGCCAAUAACAAAGGUAGUCAUAACAUUGCCUUAGGCAAGAAGUUGAGAAGCUAUAUCCUUGUUGAUAACUUAUCGAUGGUCUUUGCGCUGCCACCUCCAUUAAUGAACUGGCUCAGAAUGACUGAAUGAAUCUUGACAGGCUCAAGGUGACUGUUCAAGUCAGAUGAAAGACUAAAAAAUCAUUGGAGGAUGAAUUCUUGUGAAAGUACAAGUAUAUGUAAGAGUACAAGCGGGCACUGUAUGAUGACACAAACACGUACAACACACACACUCAGACAUAAGCAACUUCAAACAGAUGUUAAAGCACUGGUGCCUUUACCCACUCAGGAUUUCUCUCUUCGACUCAUUACUCAACACUUCAUUCACUCAGGAUUUUCUGGUUGGUUGUAGAUCAAAUAGUUCAACCUACGUUUUCAGGUUUCAUUCAGGCAGGUCAUAACUCUGUUCAUUUGCUACUAUAUCAUGCUAACUAGCAUUUCUGUGCAAACUUAAUGUCAUUAAGUACCAUGAAGUAGUUUAGAACGUAUUUAUGUCCAAGCCGGGUUCAUGUGACAUUGUGUUGUCAGUCAUGCUAUGUAUAUACACUUAAAGCAUCUGUGGACAACAUCUCUAUUUAAUUUUUGUUUGUUUUAUAGCACAAAAGUUGAUGGAAAAUGCACCUGUGUAUAUCAGUGCUUUCAUGCUUAAUUGCUAUAGGUUCUUUUUUACCCAUGGGCCUCGGAUGAGGAAAACCAGGGUAAAAAAUUAUUUGAUGAUGCAUUGUCUUCACUUGUGAGUGUGUAAUGACUUUUGUCAUGGUGCAGCCUACACAGGGCAUGCUCAAAUUUAUGCUGCAUUCCAGACAACUCGGAAGUCAGAUAUUUCCUAGUUGGAAUCUCCCAAUUUCAUUCCAGACUAAUUCGGAGGUCGAGAAUUCUGACCUCCUACUUUAAAAAGUACAAUGGAAAGGCACUUGAAGUUGGAAUUGAAGUCCGACCUCCGACAUCCAAGUUGUCUGGAAUGCAGCAAAAUUGUACAUAUAAAUCCAUUUUUGCAUCUUUGCAGGGCAUUACUUAUGUUAAAAUGCUCGCUCAAUGGUGAAUUUAAUCAGCGGAGUACAACAAUAUCUUCUCUGUACUCAUUUAGGUUUGAUGUAGAUACCUACAAUUAUUGUUGGGUAUCUUUGAUUGUUCAGUGCUGAACAUUGUAGAUCUCCUUUAGUAAUGGAAUGUAUGCGAGUCUGUUCCUAAGAUGGAACUUGAAUGUGUGUGGCAGCAAGUUCAGUUGUAAUCAUGCUGAGAGACAUAGCACCUUUUUAAUGCCUUUGAAUACAUGUCAGUGUGCAUCUUUUGCCCAAUGACUCUGACAAAACAAAGAAAUGCAUUAACUUUAUUGGUUUAAAGCUGGCAAAAUUCACUCCAAUUAUUCCAAUUCUCCUAUUCCUAAUAUUUGUGUGUAAAUAUAAUGUAUUUAAUUUUUUUACACAUUUGUCUUAGCAGAGAAUAUAGCAUAUAGUCCCCAUAUCAGCAAUGAUUUACAAUGUUGUGCAGUGUAUACAAUGCAUUCCUUAUAGUUAAUAAACUAUUUGAAAGUGCUAUUUUUCUUUUUUUGUUUGUUUGUUUUACUUGUAAACUGCUGGUCUUUGGUACUUAAAUUAGUCUCUUUUCAUUUAAUGAUUAUUUAUUGAGUCUAGACAUUCAUGUUUGUUUGUGUGUGUUUUUUUCCCCAGUUACUUUUUAAAAAAUAAUCCCCUCCAACACACCUCUUUUCUUCCAAACUUGUUGAAUAAAUCUGCCUUUCAAUGAUGGUGCUGUAAAAUCUUACUUCAGACUUGAAACAUAAUGUUCAGAGGACUCUGAGGAUUUGUGAUGGAACUCACUCUCUGCAUGGUCCUUAUCAGAAAGAAAGUGUAACUUGUGUGUGUGUGUUUUUUUUAUUAUUAUUAUUUGAUUUGUGGGGUUCACUAUUCUGUAUUUCUUUCAAUUUUUGGAGAGGAUGCUCGUGGUUGUCUUGAAAGAAGCCACAGACUUAUUUGAAUGUGCAUAAAAUGGCAAAAUUAUUAUGCACAGUGCGGGGCCCCAUAAUUCUAAGCAUUUUACCUGCUCCAUGGCUUGAAUAAAGUACUGUGCCUCUGACUAUGACAGAGUAAUAUCUUAAUCUGUUAUGAAAUAUAUUCACUUCACGCUUUCAAUUAUUUUAAUUAUUAUAAUUAAUAUGCAUUUAUAUGAGACGCAUUCAAGCUCAAUUCAAAACUGCAUCCACCAGUUGUUACCUGUUUUCAUCUGUAACCUGUGCCUAUAUAGGACAAGUUUUUGACUUAUAUGUGCUUGACUUAAAGAGGAUGCAGUCUCACAGUCUUGUGCGUCAGCCUCUUCACUGCGUUUGUCAGACAGAUUCAUAAAUAUAACAGUAAAUUCAAAUCUCACUGGAUAACCCAGCAUAUCUUUACACAAUACACGGUAGUUUUUACAGUAUACUUUCUAAUACUUCGCCUAAAACGUGUCUUGCAAAAUGUUAGUUGCUGGGAAAAUUGUACUUUGUAGUACUGUUUGUAAUGAUGUCUAUUAUUGUUAAUUGUUUUUUAUAUAUAUAUAUUUCUUAUGUAAUUGUGUAGUGUGGCUUUAAACAUGCAUGUGAGUAACCAGAUGGAGCGACAGUCAGGGUUUUAUGGUAUUUUACAUCAGACAGGUGGACAGGUAAAGUGAUGAGGAUGGAGAAUUGAAAUUCAGUUUAAUGCAGAAAGUGAUAUGUGUUUUUUAUUUUCAUUAAGCAUGAUGAUGUGUGAGGUAUGAUGUGCUGUAAUUAUAAGUGAUGUAUAUUAUGUUUUUUGUUAUCAUUGCAUAUAGCCUAACGAAAUAUCAUAUUCUGUGAGGUGAAAGAGAGGAUAAAGCUGCCCAAAUUAGUGUGUUUUUGAGCUAAUGUGAGAAAGUGAUAUUUCGUUAAAGUACCAACUCAGUUGUUUUUCGUUAAGCUUGACUGGAUUUUGUUUUGUUUUUAUUAUUAUUAUUAUUAUUAUUAUUAUUAUUAUUAUUAUUAUUAUUUUGCUGCUCAGAUUUAGUGGUUAGUACACAUCGAUUUAAGUGGUUUGUUUGUUUGUUUGUUUGUUUGUUUUUAACGUGUAAGGCAACUAGCCAGCAUAAAGUGCUUUAGAUCGGAAAUGUUUCAUAUCUAUUUUGGCUCUCUUGUCAUAUUUUAAUGAGCACUAACUCAUUCAUUCAAUACUCUCUUCACAUUGAUUACCUAAUUUAUAAACAAAUAGGGCAGACCAAUUAAUGAACUAAAUGAUUAUGAAAUUGUAUAGUUUUCUUUUUAUUUUAUUUAUAUCCCAGUCUUGAAACCACGGCAAGUGUUUUGGUUUCAAUCUGUAAGUUAACUGUAUGGCCCAAGUGGCUAAGGCUUCAUGCUAAAAGGCCUAGGCCUAUACAUUUUGCAUGAAUCAAAUCACAAAAAGAUCAUGUCUAAACAGAAAAUCACAACCUAAUUUGGUAUGUCAUUUUUCCACUGCAUUAGGAUACAGACGGGAGGGCUGGGGUGUUUUUUUUUUUGUUU